UAUUUUUAUUCAAAAAAUACCUAUAUAUUGAUAUUUUGAUAUUUUUCACAUCCCUACUUGCGACCACACCGACGGUGAAAAGGCGAAAUCGAAAUAUAAUUGUAACGAAUUGCCGCAGCGCGAAUAAAAGCCAGAAAAAUCGGAGCAGCGCAGCAGAGACGCAGACGAGAAAGUGACGACGCAGCAAAACGAAGCAACAAAAAGAAAAAUCGGCGACGUAUACGUUCAACUUUGACAGAAUUAAGUUUUCGAGUCCAACGCCGCCGUCACCGCCACCGCAAUGUCAUGCCGCGCCCCCUUCCAGCCCGACGAUCAGUAUGAGCAGCUGCGCCGGCCGAAUGCCGGAGGAGCCGGCGGAGUGGCCAUGCCCGGGCUGGAGCAGCAGGCGCAUCUCUUCGGGGAGUAUGCCGGCGGGGCCCAGGGCUACGGGCAGGUAGCUGGGAACUACCAGCAGCAGUUGCCCAUUCAGGCGCAGGCCCAGACCUUGUCCGACCUGUCCAAGCUGUCGGCCACGGCCUCCAUUUUCGUCCCUCGAGGAGUGGCUCCCCCCCAGCAGCAGCCGCAGCAGCAGCAGUCGCGUCAUCAGCAGUACCAGCAGGCUGGUGGAGCAGGCGCCUCCGGAGGAGCUCCCUAUGGCCAACAGCAGCAGCAGCAGCGCUAUGUGAACGGCUACAAGCACCAUCAUCAGCAGCAGCAGCACCACCAGCAGCCGCACUACAACCAUCACCACAACCAUCAGCAGAAGUUCAACAACGAUAUGCAGAAGCUAACGAAUUCCGUGCAGAAUCGCCUGCACCUGAACAACCAGCAGGGCUCGGGUGGCAACUACUAUCAGCAGCAGCAGCAGGUACACCCACAAAACACACACCACCACCAACAACAACAACAACACCACCAGCAGCAGCAUCAGCCACACAACCAACACGCCAAGUUCCAACGGCAUACCCACUUGAAUAACUCGUUCCAACAAAUCGCACAGCAGACACAGCAGCAGCAUCACCAGCAGCAGCCGCACCACCAGCAGCACAGCCACCAGCAGCAGCAGUAUUUCCAGAACCAGAACCAACAGCAGCAGCAACCGCAGCCAUCCACUUCGUCCGCGGCGGCCUCCUCGUCGUCCUCGAACUCUUCGCAGCCGGACAUGGCCACCAUUGCACUGGAGUAUCUCGAUACAGUCAUACAUUGCCUUAACCAGAAUCCGGGCCAAUUUGAUACGAUUGCAUCACGCUUCCUGACCAUUUUCGACGGCAUGGAGAACAACCAGUUCGUGCUCUCCAUCGCCAUGGAGGACAUCUUCGAGAAGUCGAUCGAGCAGCCGAACUUCCGGUACAUGGGCGCCAAGCUGUACAACCUGCUGCACAUGCUCAACCCGAAGCCGGACUCGCUGUUCCACACGCUGCUCAAGUGCAAGCUGGACUACCACCAGGAGGAGGUGACCAAGUACAUGCGCUCCAAUGAGCAGCAGAAGGUGCGCGAGACGGCCCUCUUCCUGGCCGAGCUCUACAUGCAGCUGCGCGGCGACGACGACUCGCGCAUCCAGUUGAUCGCCGUGAACAUCGUCUAUUCACUGAGUAAGCUGCUGGCCAGCGAGAGCAACGAGAAUGUGCGCUGCCUGUGCCAGACGCUCAAGCUGGCUGGCUACGAUCUGUCGGCCGACUGCCCCAAGGACAUGCUGGAGAUCAUCACGGCCCUGCAGGCGAUCGAGUUGAAGUCACCGGGCAAGUACGCCAUGGCGGCCAAUGUCAUUGCCCUGCAGCAGAACAACUGGGGCCGCAAGGUGUCGAAUGCCCUGGGUGGCGACGAGGAUACAGUGGCGGAGCCGCCGCGCCUGAGUGAUGAGCCCGUCUUCUAUGGACCCGAUGGCCGCGAAUUGACCGCCGAGGAGACCGACUUCUUGGCCACCGAGGACGGCGAGGGCAGCGAUGCCGACGACUUCGAUGGCGAUGGCGGAGACUUGGAAAUGGACGCCGAAAUGGACGAGGAAACCGAGCGCGCCUACAAGGAGUUCUGCAAGCAGGGCAAACAGAAGACCUAGACGACUGUGGAGGACUGUGUGGCGUUGGGCGGAUUCGCAGGGGCGUGGCCGUGGGCAGGACAUAGCUUAGGAUGUAGAAAGAGGACGGUAGAUGGUAGAGAGCGGAGGAGUGGAGCAUUUCCAACAAAUUCUCGGUUGUAGAAUCGAUGAUUGCAGUUGCUUGGUUCAGAACCAAUUGUGAUUAUCUUUUAAAUUAUUGAUAGCAAAUUGUUUGUGAUAUCUUCGUGUUUCAUGCACCUACCAUAUUAUGACAUGUGUUUAUGACUUUGUUCGAACGCUUUUUUGUGUGAUACGCCCGUUUUGUAUCUGUAUCUCUCUGAUAGCCAACUCUCGGCCAGGAUAGCCAGUUCACCCAUCAGUUUGUACUUUUUAACUCUCAGUUUUUUGAAUAAUCGCCAAGCCAGGAUUUAAGCCGUAAACGGUGAAAAUAUAUAAUUAAAGCCACUGCCACGCCGAUUCGAACCGCUAACACACACACACGCAGCUGCACUCAAAGACUCGUACUCAUAUGCGCACCCACACACUUGCAUGGCACAUAUGCAGACUCAUAAACGGCAGAAAAAAAA